AUGAGCUCCAAGCGAAGCUACCGUAGCGGUGUCAAGCAACUUGGCACCUGGCUUCAGUCGUCUGGACGGUCGUCCAUGAACGAUACGUUCAUUACGACGGUGCCGGGGGCCAAUACGUUGGUCGAGUCGUCGCUGGUCUUCCACUGGAAUCUGGAGGCUUUGCAGCUCUCCCUCAUCACUUUGCUGUGGGUCCACGAAGAGCUCCGUGGCGUGUUGAAGCUCUGCCUGGCCUCACUGGUCUACCACAAAGAAUUCUUGGAGGCCUCUUUGCCACCCAAGCAUCAACUUCUUGCGUCUGUACUGUUUGGAGACUUGACCUUGGCCAACAACUGGGGUUCCAGGGUGACUCUUGCGUCCAACAUUUUGCAGCCCACCGGAAUCCCUCCACAUGUCGGUCUCCACGCCCAGCUGGAGCAAACGUCUGUCCUUGUGCGUACGCUCCCAACUGAAAUCUGUGAAGGCAUCGAGAAGAUCCUUGAAGACAAAGGUAUGACCGCCGGCAACAUCACUCAGUCGUUGCUUGAAAAGCUUUUGAAGGACGCAGUGGCCUCCGUCGUGUCGUUGACAUCAGCGAACAGUUCUACCACGGUCGAAUUCACAGACGAAUCGAUACCAACCCGCCCUGUUCAUUACUGGGGAGGGCGAUGGCACAACCUUCCUGAAGGUUUUGAGAUGCCAUCGGCCGAUGUUGCAAAUGCAUGGCAUGUUUGGUGGUGUGGCUUACCGGCGCGCGGUUUGCCCCCGCUGUACAAGCUAAGUUCCCGCGACAUGUCAAAGAAGCAAGCCAAGAUCCUGUGUGAGUGGAGUUUUGCGAUUGAUGAGCUGCAGAAAGCCUAUUUCAGCGCAGCCGGAAGAGAACUGGGUCGUCCAAUCAAUUCUGCCUCAGUCAUAGCUGCCUUCAGCACCAUUAUGACUGCCUUGCCUUCGUUGUGGGGACAGACUCAACUGGGACAACAGCGUCGCUUGUCUCAGUUGAAGAUGGUCACGUUUGCGCGCCUAGCUAGAAAGCGUAGACGAGAGUCGUAG